AUGUCUCUACUUGGUCUGUCGCGGAGCCAGCUUCACGCUAAGUGGAAGGAAUGGUUAUCUCCUGAUGCGGUCGACCAGCUCUGCAGUAGCGACCGGAUUGUUAUACUCCAUGGCGACAUCCUUCUACCAAAUUUGGGGCUGACUGGCUUGGAGCUGGAUAAUGUUCGAAAUGACAUCAAUAUUAUUAUUCAUGCGGCGUCAUCUAUCAAUCUCAUAAAGCCACUGCAUCAGUUAUCUGGCACAAUUAUCGAGGCCAGUAACAUGGUGGCUGACCUGGCCUUGACAUGUGGAAGGAUGGACCGUUUCGUCUACGUCUCCACUGCAUUUGCAAACACGCACUACUACGCCCGAUGUGACGAGAUUGACGUGAAAAUCAACGAAGCCAUAUAUCCUCUCCAGCACCAAUGCUCCGUCCUUGACGAGCUAGAGGAAGUGCGAAAGCGCGGCACAAGCCGAGCAUAUGAGGCGGAGAGUUUCCCCUGGGCCUACGCAUAUGCAAAGCACCUCACGGAGAGGCUACUCUAUUACAAGUUCAAUGAAAACGCGUCCGUGGAAAAGCUCCUCGUUAUCCGUCCAUCUGUGAUCGGUCCGUCACAGGCGCUGCCAUUCCCCGGCUACAACAUGCCUCUGUCAUCCCCAUGCACAGUAUGUGUAGCUGGACUAGCGCUCACCCCACUCCGCAAAAUCAAAAUAGCUACGAAGAUGAGUUAUCCAGACCUGGAUACACACCAAGACGAGGUCCCAGUGGACGUGGUCGUGGAUCGCCUUCUCUGUCAUCUGGCGCUGGGCACGCAUGGGUGCAUCCACGCGGUCAGCGGUGUUAGGGCGCGGACGCAGUUCGAGCCAUGGCGGAAGGUGUUGACGAAGAUCCGCCGGAUCCCUUGGGAAGUGCAGCCUGAGUGGGUGAAGGGCGAUUGGAAGUCUCCUGAUCAGCAUCAUCUGGCUCGGCUUUAUGCCAUUUUGGGAACGUCUUUUGCCUUCUCGGAAGACCGGACACUUGCCAUUUACGAAAAGCAUACGGAGAUCAAGGACUUGGGUUUGCAGCUGUUUACGGACAUUGACAUGAGUGAGAGUUUUCUGUCCCGGGCCCGAGGGAUGCGCUAUGUGAUGGAUCGGCUUGCCAAAAGGAGCUCCGCCCCCUGGCCGUCUGAAGGACUCAAAGACUGUUGA